UCUCUUCAGUCUUGGAUGAACUGAGUGAAGCUGGAUCCACACGAGUCCACCAACCUCCUCCUGCCUACAGCAGGAGCUCCCCUUUCCCCGUCGCUCUCUCCAGCCAUGGCAGGCUUCAAGCGGGGAUAUGAUGGCAAGAUUGCUGGUCUGUAUGACCUUGAUAAGACGCUGGGCCGUGGCCACUUUGCCGUGGUCAAGCUGGCACGCCAUGUCUUCACUGGGGAAAAGGUUGCGGUCAAGGUGAUUGAUAAGACCAAGCUGGACACUGUGGCCACAGGUCACCUCUUCCAGGAGGUCCGCUGCAUGAAGCUGGUGCAGCACCCCAAUAUUGUGCGCCUGUACGAAGUGAUAGACACUCAGACAAAACUUUACCUCAUCUUGGAGCUGGGAGAUGGAGGAGACAUGUUUGACUACAUCAUGAAACACGAGCAAGGUCUAAAUGAAGAGCUGGCCAAAAAGUAUUUUGCCCAGAUAGUCCAUGCAAUCUCCUACUGCCAUCGUUUGCAUGUGGUGCACAGGGACCUCAAGCCCGAGAACGUGGUGUUCUUUGAAAAACAAGGACUUGUUAAACUCACUGACUUUGGAUUCAGUAACAAGUUUCAACCAGGAAAAAAGCUAACCACCAGUUGUGGAUCUCUGGCAUACUCUGCACCGGAAAUACUCUUAGGCGAUGAGUAUGAUGCUCCAGCUGUAGACAUCUGGAGUCUUGGUGUGAUCCUGUUCAUGUUGGUUUGUGGCCAGCCCCCUUUCCAGGAAGCUAAUGACAGUGAGACUCUCACCAUGAUCAUGGACUGUAAAUACACUGUUCCUCCACACGUCUCCGAUGCCUGCAAAGACCUGAUCGACCAGAUGCUUCAGAGGGACCCCAAGCGCCGAGCUUCUUUAGAGCUGAUUGAAAGCCACGCAUGGCUACAAGGAGUGGAUCCAUCACCUGCCACCAAGUACAACACCCCUCUGGUCUCUCACAAGCAUCUGUCUGAAGAGGAGCACAACAGCAUCAUUCAGCGCAUGGUGCUGGGAGACAUCGCUGACCGAGAGGCUAUAAUUGAGGCCCUGGAGACGAACAAAUACAACCACAUAACCGCCACAUACUACUUGUUAGCAGAACGGAUCCUGAGAGAGAAGCAGGAGAAGGAAGUCCAGACCCGCUCAUCCAGCCCCAGCAACAUCAAGGCACACUUCAGGCAGUCUUGGCCUACCAGAAUGGACAUGCACCAAGACAUAGAGGACACAUUAGCUUCUUCAUCCAUCUCUCAUGGUGGAGGCCCCCAGUCUCCUGCUCGCAGUGCAGAGAACCUGCUCAAUGGACAUCGCUCCAAAGGCAUGAUGGAACUGGGCAGACGAGAAGAGAGCUCAGUAUUGGACCUCGUGGGACCCGCAGCACAGGCCAACCUGGCCCUGACGUUGCACCUCCACAGAGACACAGCAUCGAGGUCCAUGAAGCGCCGCACCAGUCUGGCAGACCGGACCCCGAGCAACGAGGCCACUUUCUGUACGCCGGAGAAGUCUGGUCCGGCCGUCUCCACCAGGCGCCUCAGGGUCACCGUCCCAGACCUGCAAAGCACCGUCGGCAGCCCUGGCACUGUGCUGUAG